CUGCUGAUUUUGGAGUCACUUUAGAGGAAGAAAAGAAGGGCUGGUCCCUGCACAAACGACACAACAAUGUCCAACUCGGAUUACCUUCCCGACUACCCACUCAACUCAGAUUUAGUGAAGAGAUUAAAGUCUGCCCUGGAUGCCAAAGAUGAGGAGAGAGUGGGGGAUUUAAUCUGCACUGAAGUCACGCCCGUGGACGCCGUGAUAGAACUGGCCAAUGACGACUGGAUGAAAGACCCCUCGGCUCAGCUGCCCCCCGGCAUGCUGCUAGGGGACCUGGAGCAUCUGAAGCCCCUCAUGGACCAGUUCUUCCAGGAUGCCAAUGUGGUGUUUGAGAUCAAUAAGGAUGAGAUGGAAUGGCAGGUGAAAUCUCCAGCCACGUUUGGACUGUCAGGCCUCUGGACCCUGGAAUACAAGCGCGAGCUCACCACGCCCCUGUGCAUCGCCGCGGCCCACGGCCACGCCGCCUGCGUGCGAUACCUGCUCGGCCGCGGCGCAGACCCCGACGCCAGCCCCGGCGGCCGCGGCGCCCUGCACGAGGCCUGCCUCGGGGGCCACACCGCCUGCGCCCGCCUGCUGCUGCAGCACCGCGCCGACCCCGACCUGCUCAGCGCAGAGGGCCUGGCGCCUCUGCACCUCUGCCGCACGGUCGCCUCGCUCGGGUAAGGACCUCAGGUCAGGCCCGCGGCGCCCGCCCCACCCCAAGGCCAGACCACUCCCCCAGGCCCCCGACCCCGCCUCCGCCUCCGUCCCAGCCCCCGCCUCCGGACCCAGACCCUGCACCCUUGACUCUGUACACUGGAUCCCCAGGGCCGCAUCCGCCCCGUCCCUACCCUGGCCCCUGCUUCGGGACCCAGAGCCAAGACCCCUGACCCGGGACCCCAGACCCGGCACCUCCCGGCCCUCGUCCCGCGCCCCGGCCCCCGCGGGUUUAAUUAGCGCUUGAUUGCGAGCGCGCGCGGGAGGCGCCACGCCGAGGUAAUGAGCGCGGUGAUCACGGCCCAGCCGCCGGCGCCGGGGAUGCUAAAAGGCCACUGGCGGGGUUGGAGGCUGAAAAAUUAGGGUUUUUAAUGAUAAUUUUAUGCAGAAUAAUUGUCACAGUGUGACAUAAAUGGUUAGCUCCUCGGGCGGGGCUUCCAGGCCCGCUCGGAAACGGAGCUGUGCCGGCCUCUAGGGAGGCCCAGCGGCCGCGCAGCCAGUUCGCGCCCGGGCGCGGGGUCUGGGGGUCCCACAGCCCCCGUCCCUGGAAAGCGCCCUCCCAGCGGGUGCUCCGGGGCUCGGAGAAGAAGCGGGGCCACGUGUCUUUGUACGGGACUCGUGGUGGGGUUUCUCGGCUUGCAUUGUGUCAUCUUGACAUUUCUGUUAGUCAGAAUGCUCCAGCCCCUGCCCUUGGAGUUGUCAUUGCGUGACCUUCUGUCUCUAGGGGAAGAGUAAGGAAAGUCGCCCACGUUUAGCGCUGGGAACCCGUGCGGCUCUCAGAAACCGCGUCGCCCUUGCUGCUUCUCCACCGACUGUCAAAGCUGCUGGAUGUCCUGCCCAGCAGGGGCAGCAAUGCAGGCAGGCGGGGCUACUGGGCACUCAGGGACCCAGCCAGGGGACCCACCUAAGAAAGGUCACCUGAGUUCAGAGGGGGGACUCAGAGGGCCACGUGGACCCCCGCCAGUCUUGUGAAUGAGGAAGGAAACAAGGUUCUAGCAAUGCUCUUUAAAAGCAGCUUUACCGAAGUGUGAUUGACAUUCAGCAAUCCGCACGUGUUUAAGGCGUACAAUUUGAUAAAUUCCUCAGAUUAUACACUCGUGCAACACCCCACAGUCCGUGGAGGGCAGAUAUUUAUCAUUGUCCCUGUGGCCUCGCGGUGCCCACGGUUCUCCCUCCCACUGGCCCCUUCCUUAUUCUCCAUCCCUAGCGUCUUUUAUCUGGCUUCUCUCGCUCGACAUAAUUAUUUUGAGAUUCAUCUAUGUUGCUGUGUGUAUCCAUAGUUCAUUCCUUUUAUUCCUGGGUAGUGGUCCGUGGUAUGGAUGAACCACAGUAUGCUCAUCCAUUCAUAUGUUGGGAAACAUUUGAUUGUUUCCAGUCUGGGUCUUUUACAAAGUUAUCAUGCACAUUUGUGUGCCAGCCUUUGAAUGGGCAUAUGCUUUUAUGUCUUUUGAAUAAAUACCUAGGAUUGGAAUGGCUAGGUCACAUGAUAUGAUUAAGAACAUAACUGUUAGGCUAGGUGCGAUGGCUCAUGCCAGUAAUUUCCACACUUUGGGAGGCCGAGAUAGGCAGAUCACUUGAGUUCAGGAGU